CCCCAGAGGGAAUGCCUUCCAGCGUGCUCCCUAACUUGCUCAUACAGACCUUGGUGGAAUUGUGCGAAGCGAACCCAAGCCUUUACGAAACCAACCAAGACUGUGCCCAGGUGGUAGACACGUGCUUGGCCUACUUCCCAGAAAAUGAAGGGUGUAAGCUCUACGUCAGGGAGUGUGGCGCCCGGAAGUACACGGAAUGUGUCCAGAACCUGACCUUUGACCUCUGCAAGAACACCAAUGACAGGGCCGAGGUCAACUUGGAAUCCCUGAGGAUCAGCAAUCAGAUGAGAGACGG